AGUUGUGAAUCUCAAAUAUCAAACUCAUCAAGGUAAACAAAGAUGGCUAGGUCUAGUGCUUAUCCUUUGUUCUUGAUUUCUUCCAUUCUGUUUAUUUCACACAUUUAUGCCUCCCAAGUAGAAGCCAAGCCCCCAGUAGUGAAGGGACUAUCAUAUUCUUUCUAUUCCAAAACAUGCCCCAAGCUUGAGUCCAUUGUGAGGAAACAUCUCAAGAAGGUGUUCAAGGAUGACAAUGGCCAAGCUCCUGCCUUACUCCGCAUUUUCUUCCAUGAUUGUUUUGUUCAGGGAUGUGAUGGAUCAUUGCUGCUAGAUGGGAGUCCAAGUGAAAGAGACCAACCAGCCAACGGAGGCAUCAGAACUGAGGCCUUGCAAACCAUUGAUGACAUCAGAGGUAUUAUCCAUAAGGAGUGUGGAAGGAUCGUUUCUUGCGCAGAUAUCACUGUUUUGGCAGCACGUGAUUCAGUUUUCCUGACAGGAGGUCCCGAUUAUGCAGUGCCACUAGGAAGACGAGAUGGCCUGAGCUUCAGCACAUCAGGAACAAGUGAUCUCCCCAAACCCUUCAACACCACCGGCGUGACCCUUGACGCUUUCGCCGCCAAAAACUUUGAUGUCACCGACGUUGUCGCCUUAUCCGGCGCACACACCUUUGGUCGUGCCCAUUGCGGCACAUUCUUCAACAGGCUCUCCCCUCUCGACCCCAACAUGGACAAAACCCUAGCCAAGCAACUACAAUCCACUUGCCCCGACGCAAACUCCGGCAACACCGCCAACUUGGACAUCAGAACCCCGACUGUGUUCGACAACAAAUACUACCUUGACCUAAUGAACCGCCAAGGGGUGUUCACCUCUGACCAGGACUUGCUCAAUGAUAAGAGGACUAAGGGGUUGGUCAAUGCAUUUGCGUUGAACCAAACGUUGUUCUUUGAGAAGUUUGUGGAUGCUACUAUAAAGUUGAGUCAAUUGGAUGUGCUCACUGGAAAUCAAGGUGAAAUUCGUGGCAAGUGCAAUGUGGUGAAUGCUAGGAAGUCUUUGUUGACGUCUGUGGUGGAAGAGGUGGUGCAAUUGGUUGAUCAGUUUUGAAUGGAGCAAAAGUUUGUAAGUUAUGUGUAGUUCUUCUUGUGUGGUGUUGUUUAAUUGCUAAGGAUAUGGGUGUGUUCUAUUUUGGGGAUUGUUGUUUCCUGUUUGACAUAUGACUCAUGUAAUAAGGAUAAAGUGUUCAGUAUUAUGUGCUUCUAUUUUGUCCAUUUUCUCUUGCUUAUUAAGGAAAUAAAUGCCCUAAUCAUGAUCUUCCCAUAAA